AUGUCUGAUCAAAGCAAUUACCCUAAAUAUAGUGAAUUGCGAAGUAUGUAUAAAUGUGACAUUGAUGUAUAUAAUGCACUGUAUCAGCUGAAAACUGAAAAUGAAGAAGAACUAAACAAGAUUUAUAAAAUGAUCAAAACAGAAUUGAUUAAUUCAAAGAAACAACUCCCCACGAUUAUUAUAAAAGAUAUUUCAAGUAUUAUUUCAUAUAAUAAUCGCUAUAUAAACUCAUAUUUAUAUCUUGCCAACCUCAUAUAUGAUGAUUAUCAUGUCAAAGUGGUCAAUAAUAUUGACAAGAUAUUUGAAAUUAUGUUUUAUGAAGAAUAUGGGAUUAAAUUAAACAAAUAUCAUGAUUGUAAGAAAAAUGAUUAUCAAAAUCUCGAUAUUCACGUAGGAAAUACAAUUUACAGAGCAAUUCUAAAUAAUGACCUAGAAAGAUUCAUAACUUUCACGGGAAGAGAUGGAUUUGAUAAAGAUCAAGUACUUAAGAGUGAUUUAUAUCCAAAUUCUUACAACGAUUACUCGUUGCUUGAAUUAUGUUGUUAUCACGGUGCUGUUGAUUGUUUCAAGUUUUUUAUGAACGAAAUUUAA